AUGGCCCAAGCGACCGCGCUCCCAGAGCAACUCAUAUACCUUAUCAUACGCUUCACCGCCUCGGUGCCUGACCUGCCACUUUCGCUGUAUGCGCCGAGAACGACUGCAACUCUCUCCUUGAAACAACUCAUCAGGCAGCAUUUACCGCCAGAGCAUGCCACAGCGCGUUUACGCUUGAUCUAUGCCGGUAAGGUGCUCGCAGAUACGGAGCCAUUAUCGCGAUCUCUCAGACUACCUCCACCGCCUCCACCCCCGUCUCGCGAUGGCGGGAGCAAGAGUAAAGGGAAGCAGCCCUUGAAGGCAACGCCGACCAUUGAGUAUGGUACAACGGCAGACAUACCCUCCGAGGCAAAGAAGUACUAUAUUCACUGUUCGCUCGGCGAUGCCCUAUCCCCCGCAGAGCUGGUCAGUGAAUCUGCACUCGUGCAGAAUACUGAAAUCGCAUUGAAAUCGCAACACGAGACGGCCUCGAAACAACGCAAGGACAGCAGUACCAUCAUAGACAACAGCACCAACAGCGAUGCUACACAUGAUGUUCGACGCCGUAGUUCCACUACCACAGCUCCCCAGCCCCAAGCCCAAGGCUUCGAUCGCCUCCUCUCCACAGGCUUCACCCCCGCCGAAGUAGCCAUGCUCCGCUCGCAAUUUCAGACAAACCUCUCCUUCACACAUACCCCGGACACGAUGCCUAGUCCCGCGCAAAUGCGCGUCCUCGAAGACCGCUGGCUUGACAGUGGGGGUAACGACCCUUCGUCGUCGCUUGCGGGCUCUGCAGACGGCGGUACGGGGGACGCGGGGUGGGGCGCAGGGUUUGCAGUCGAGGAAGGCGGGUUGGAUGAUAUGCUAUGGGGCUAUAUGACGGGCUUCUUUUGGCCCCUCGGGAGUCUUGUCUGGGGGUUUAGAGAGGAGGGGGUGUGGACGAGGAGAAGGCAGGUCGCGGUUGUCAUGGGUGUGUUGAUUAAUGUGAUUUUUGGUUUUAUGAGAUGGAGUGCUUAG